AUUAUGGAUUGCCUCACUUGCAAUAUGUAUUUCAAUGAUAACUGCCGAAAAUUUGAAUGACAUAAUAAAACAGUCACCUGGAAAUGAGUUAAACUGUAUGGCUCGAGAAUGUGCAAAGGAUAAUUUGGAAUUCGAACUGGCUUUGCUAUAUAAUAUGGACGUGAGCGUCGACCCCUGUGACAAUUUUUAUGAAUUCGCUUGUGGUAAUUUUGAUAACGUCCCCGCUGAUAAUUUACAGCCUGCAAGCCAUGAUUUUCUAAAGUCGAAACCUAGUUCAUACUAUGAAACUUAUAAAUUGAUGAUGCGCCAAAAUCGAGUGGACUCACCCAAGCAAUUGAAUUUCGUAAAAGAUUUCGUCACCUCUUGUGAAAAUUUGAACUACAAUAACAAUGAUAAGUAUCCUGGGAUCAAAAAAGACAAAUUAGAUUAUUUAUUUGAAAUAAUAUCCAAAUUGGGCGGAUGGCCUGUUAUCGAUGGCCAUGAAUGGAACAGCACUAAUUUUAAUUGGGCUGACUUAAUAUACAAAUCAAAUAGUCUUGGUGCCGAUUCAAAUCAUUUCAUGAGAUUAUAUCACGCACUAAACAAAAGAACGCAAAUUUCUCUGUAUGGGCCGAAUGUGGAAUUUUCAUACAAAGAGCUAGAAAAUUAUCAGAAUAAUUCAAUAAUUAAUGUUUACUAUAAAUAUAUGGUUGAUGUUGCUAAAUUUCUUGGAGCCAAUGAAACACUAGCGAAAAACGAGCUCAUAGAAUCAUUAGCACUUGAAUUGAGACUCAGAAUCAUCAGCAGUACUAUGAAUAUAUCGUCAAAUAAUGUAGAUAACACUAAGGGAAUGUCGGUAAAAGAAAUAAAAGAAAAGUGGCCAAGUAUAAAAUGGGAGAAAUUGUUAACUUUGGAAAUGGAUGCGCAGAAAAAGUUUCAUUUAUCAAAUGAAUCGAUCAUUUUCAUAGAAAAUCAUGAUUAUAUAACUGAAUUGGAAAAAUUAAUGAACAAAACUCCUAAAAGAGUGCAAGCCAAUUAUGCAGUAUGGAAGACUAUUCAACCUUUGGUUCGAUUUGUCGAGUCUAUAACACUAAAUAAGCUUUGGUUUGAUUACUCUACUAUUAGAAGGCCAUCAACUACCUUUCGUAAUAUUCGUUGUUCCAGAUCACUUGCAGAUUUAUUGCCAGAUGUUCUGCUCUUUUACUAUAUACGCCAUCACCCAAUCGACGAACGUGUCAAAAGUUAUGCGAAUCAGAUAAUUGUAGAUUUGAAAAAAAAAUACUUAGAUACUUUAAAUAGUACUGAUUGGUUGGAUGUUAAGACCAAAUCAAAACUAACGACAGAAGCUGGUUCUUUACAAUUUAUUGCUGGUUAUCCUGACGAAGUUUUUGACGAUAAAAAACUGAAUGAAUUUUAUCGAGGCCUAGAAAUUACUGAUGACAAUUACUUGAAGAAUCAUUUGAACUUAAAUUUGUUCAAUGAUAUAAAAUUUGCGGAACUGAUAAUAAAUCCAAAUCAUCCGUAUAUUCUGUUAGAUUUAUUAAAAAUAGUAGAUCCUAAUAAAGUCGUGGCUUAUAACUAUUACCAUAUGAAUACUAUUGGUAUACAUUAUUUAACAACUUAAAGUGUUUUUCAUCAUACCUGCACUGGAAGUUUAGAUUUCUGUCGUGUUUUAGGAGAAGAAAGUAUCUUUUUUUUCUUUCUGAAAAAAUAAAUCAUAAAAUAAGAGCAUGAGCCAUUUUUCUCAUAGAGGCAAAAAUUCAAACUUCCAUGUAUAGAGCUACCCUGGUCUAUGGUUUGUGUGGGUAAUCACUCUCGCAGGCUGGAAUGUUCUACUCUUCCUCCUUGAUGUUUCUAGGUUCCGAAUCACUGAGACAUUUUGAUUUAAGCAUUAAUCGUCCAGAUCACAUUAACUUGGGUACGCUUGGAACUACUGUUGGACAUGAAAUAGGGCACAGCAUUUAUGUUUCUUACAAUGCUGUUAAUAAAUUCGAAAUAAAAGACAACGAAUGGAGUAUUUUGGCAGAUAAAAAAUUUAAGGAAACAGAAGAGUGCUUUAUUGAACAAUACUCGAAUUAUUCUCAUGGAGUAACUGGAGUAAAACUAAACGGUUCAAUGUAUUUGCAAGAAAAUAUUGCUGACAAUAUUGGUAUAAAAGUUGCGUAUUCAGUCUACCAAGACUGGGUAAAAAAAAAUGGACCUGAACCAACUUAUUCGAGCUUGCCUUAUAAUUCGAACCAAUUGUUUUGGCUAUCCUACGCAAAUACAUAUUGCACAUCAAAGUCAUCAUUGGAUAAAGUGAAUUCGGCCAAUAAGCAUGCUCCUUACGAUAAACGCAUUAAUGUGCCGCUUUCAAACGCCCCAGAAUUUUCAAGAGAUUUCAAAUGUCCCUUGGGCCGUAACAUGAAUCCCGUAAAAAAAUGUAGCGUAUUUUAAUAAUAACUAUUAAAAACUUUUAUUGGGUUUGCAGGCAAUUUCCAAUCUAUUUCAUCAAAUGUAAUCAUCAAGUGACACGGUCGUAUCUCAAGUCAAGUAUACAUCAAACAGAUUGAAUGCGAGAACUUCGUUCGUGUUUCUAUACCCGAACCAACCAUCGAUUCGUUGGUAUCGACAAUUUUUAGUUAAAUUAUAACUAAUCUAUCGAACUUGUAGUUAAAAUAGCCUUAGAUACGCCUUAUAAAUGAAUGAUUCGCUUUCGAUUUUGACUUUGAUCUAAAAAUUUGCUCCAGUUCCUAAAAAAGUAUACCCCAUAGCAACAUCUUAUGUGCCAAAUGUAGAUGUUUAUAUAUAUUUUAAAUUUUACUAUCGACAUUUUUGCUAUAUAUUGUAGAAAAAGAGAACAAUAUCCGUUAACAUAAAUCAAAAAAUUUCGAAACCGGUCGAACCUGCGGGCCAGGCCUGAUAUUUCUCGCUGUUUUUGAGCUCGAGCAGUUCGAAACCAGUGACAUUUUAUAUUAGCGAAAAUUCAAGAAAUUAAAAAGAUUCAAUAAUGAUAGUUUUUUUAAGAUUCGCCUCAAUUAAUAUAUAUGUUAUCAA